GUCUGCUGUGUUCACGUCAGACGAUGUGCUGAAUGUUCAAAUAAAGACGAGCUGAUUUAUCACAAACGGCUGGUUGUUUGUCGUUGUUCUGCAGAGGAUGUAGGUGAUGAAGGCGAGGAGGAGCGCGAGUGCAUUUCCUACAGCAUCAGCAUCGACAUCCAUUACGGGCUCAAAUCAAACAGCCUGGCCCUGAUCAAGCGGACCGGAGUGAUUGAUGCGGACAAACCCAUCUCCACUCAGGUGCGAGUUCUGACUCUGAGCGAAGACUCUCCGUACGAGACGCUGCACUCCUUCAUCAGCAAUGCUGUGUCUCCGUACUUCAAAUCCUACAUCCGAGAGUCUGGCAAAGCCGACAGGGAUGGAGAUAAGAUGGCCCCUUCGGUGGAGAAGAAGAUCGCGGAGCUGGAGAUGGGCUUACUGCACCUGCAGCAGAACAUCGAGAUCCCCGAGAUCAGCCUGCUCAUCCACCCCAUCAUCACCAACGUGGCCAAGCAGUGCUACGAGCGCGCAGAGAAGCCCAAGGUCACAGACUUCGGGGAUAAAGUGGAGGAUCCCAGCUUCCUGAACCAGCUGCAGUCUGGAGUCAACCGCUGGAUCCGGGAGAUACAGAAGGUGACUAAACUGGACCGAGACCCUGCGUCUGGAACGGCUCUGCAGGAGAUCAGCUUCUGGCUGAACCUGGAGCGAGCCCUGAACCGCAUCCAGGAGAAGAGGGAGAGUCCGGAGGUGCUGCUGACGCUCGACAUCCUCAAACACGGCAAACGCUUCCACGCCACGGUCAGCUUCGACACCGACACAGGCCUGAAGCAGGCUGUGGAGACGGUGAACGACUACAACCCUCUGAUGAAGGACUUUCCUCUCAACGAUCUCCUGUCGGCCACUGAGCUCGACAAGAUCCGUCAGGCGCUGAUGGCCAUCUUCAAUCACCUGCGCAAGAUCCGGAACACCAAGUACCCCAUCCAGCGUGCGCUGCGUCUGGUGGAGGCCAUCUCCAGAGACCUGAGCUCUCAGCUGCUCAAAGUGCUGGGCACUCGCAAGCUCAUGCACGUGGCGUACGAGGAGUUUGAGAAGGUGAUGGUGGCGUGUUUCGAGGUCUUCCAGACGUGGGAGGAUGAGUACGAGAAGCUGCAGGUGCUCCUGAGGGACAUUGUGAAGAGGAAGAGGGAGGAGAAUCUGAAGAUGGUGUGGCGUCUCAGUCCGGCCCACCGCAAGCUCCAGGCCCGCUUGGACCACAUGCGGCGCUUCAGACGGCAACACGAGCAGCUGAGAGCCGUCAUCGUUCGCGUGCUCAGACCUCAGGUGUCCGCCGUGCCCCAGCAUGCUCCGGGAAACACGGCCGAGCCUGACGAUAUGAAGGUGGCUGAGGUGCUCUUCGAUGCCGCAGACGUCAACGCCAUUGAGGAAGUCAAUCUGGCCUACGAAAACGUGAAGGAAGUGGACGGACUGGACGUCUCGAAGGAGGGAGUGGAGGCCUGGGAAGCGGCCAUGAAGCGCUACGACGAGCGCAUCGACCGCGUGGAGACACGCAUCACGGCACGCCUGCGAGACCAGCUGGGCACCGCCAAGAACGCCAACGAGAUGUUCCGCAUCUUCUCCCGCUUCAACGCCCUGUUCGUGCGGCCGCACAUCCGCGGAGCCAUCCGAGAGUACCAGACGCAGCUCAUCCAGCGCGUCAAAGACGACAUCGAGGCUCUGCACGACAAGUUCAAGGUGCAGUAUCCUCAGAGCCAGUCGUGCAAGAUGAGCCACGUGCGAGACCUGCCUCCCGUCUCCGGCUCCAUCAUCUGGGCCAAGCAGAUCGACCGGCAGCUGACGGCCUACAUGAAGCGCGUGGAAGACGUCCUCGGGAAGGGCUGGGAAAACCACGUGGAGGGUCUGAAGCUCAAGCAGGACGGCGACAGCUUCCGCGCCAAGCUCAACACGCAGGAGAUCUUCGACGACUGGGCAAGGAAGGUGCAGCAGCGCAACCUGGGCGUGUCGGGCCGCAUCUUCACCAUCGAGAACACGCGUGCCCGCGGACGCACCGGCACCGUGCUCAAGCUCAGGGUCAACUUCCUGCCCGAGAUCAUCACGCUCUCCAAAGAGGUGCGCAACCUGAAGUGGCUGAGCUUCCGCGUGCCGCUGGCCAUCGUCAACAAAGCCCAUCAGGCCAAUCAGCUGUAUCCCUUCGCCAUCUCGCUCAUCGAGAGCGUCCGCACCUACGAGCGCACCUGCGAGAAGGUGGAGGAGAGGAUGUCCAUCUCGCUGCUGGUGGCCGGCCUGAAGAAGGAGGUGCAGGCGCUCGUCACCGAGGGCAUCUCUCUGGUCUGGGAGUCCUACAAACUCGACCCGUACGUCCAGCGUCUGGCCGAAACCGUCUUCAACUUCCAAGAAAAGGUGGAUGAUCUUCUUCUGCUCGAGGAGAAGAUUGAUCUGGAGGUGCGCUCGCUGGAAACCUGCAUGUACGAGAAUAAGAUGUUCACGGAGAUCCUCAACCGCAUCCAGAAGGCUGUGGACGACCUGAACCUGCACUCGUACUCCAACCUGCCCAUCUGGGUCAAUAAACUGGACAUCGAGAUCGAGCGCAUCCUCGGGGUGCGUCUGCAGGCGGGUCUCAAAACCUGGACGCAGGUUCUCAUGGGACAGAUGGAGGACAAGGCUGAUGUGGACAUGGACACCGAGGCUCCUCAAGUCAGUCACAAGCCCGGCGGAGAUCCCAAGAUUAAGAAUGUCAUCCAUGAAUUGAGGAUCACGAACCAGGUGAUCUAUCUGAACCCGCCGAUCGAAGACUGCCGCUACAGGCUUUACCAGGAGAUGUUUGCUUGGAAGAUGGUCAUUCUGUCUCUACCCAGAAUCCAGAGUCAGAGAUAUCAGGUCUGUGUCCAUUGACUUCCAUAGAAUGCCAAAAAAUACUAUGGAAGUGAAACGCGCUCUCUCUCGCGCACUCCAUCACACGCAAUCCAUCGCACGCGCACACUCUCUCACACUUAGGGUUGCAAAAAGGUGGAAAAUUCCCAAUAAAUUUGGGAAAUAUUCCAGAAAGUUUGGAAACUUUCCGGGAUUUUUUGGGAAUUCCACAUCUACAACCGUCUGGGAGAAGAUCUCAACAAGUGGCAGGCGCUGCUCGUGCAGAUCCGCAAAGCUCGAGGCACGUUUGACAACGCAGAAACCAGGAAGGAGUUCGGACCGGCCGUCAUCGACUACGGCAAGGUCCAAUCUAAGGUGAAUCUGAAGUACGACUCGUGGCAUAAGGAGGUGCUCAGUAAGUUUGGACAGAUGCUGGGCAACAACAUGCAGGACUUCCACUCGCAGAUCUCCAAGUCUCGUCAAGAGCUGGAGCAGCAUUCGGUGGAUACGGCGAGCACCUCUGAUGCUGUGACCUUCAUCACGUACGUGCAGGCGCUUAAACGCAAGAUCAAACAGUUUGAGAAGCAAGUGGACCUGUUCCGCAACGGCCAGCGUCUGCUGGAGAAGCAGCGGUUCCAGUUCCCUCCCUCCUGGCUGUACAUCGAUAACAUCGAGGGCGAGUGGGGCGCCUUCAGCGACAUCAUGAAGCGCAAAGACACGGCCAUCCAGCAGCAGGUGGCUAACCUCCAGAUGAAGAUCGUGCAGGAGGACCGCGCGGUGGAGAACCGCACCACGGACCUGCUGUCAGACUGGGAGAAGACCAAACCCGUGGCAGGCAGUCUGCGUCCAGAGGAGGCGCUGCAGUCGCUCACCAUCUACGAGGGCAAGUUCGGGCGUCUGAAGGACGACAGAGAGAAGUGUGCGAAGGCCAAAGAGGCGCUGGAGCUGACGGACACGGGUCUGCUGAGCAGCAGCGAGGAGAGAGUGCAGGUGGCUCUGGAGGAGCUGCAGGAUCUGAAGGGUGUUUGGUCGGAGCUGUCGAAGGUCUGGGAGCAGAUCGAUCAGAUGAAGGAGCAGCCGUGGGUCUCUGUGCAGCCGCGGAAGCUGCGCCAGAGUCUGGACGCUCUCCUCAACCAGCUGAAGAACUUCCCCGCUCGUCUGCGGCAGUACGCCUCCUACGAGUACGUGCAGAGACUGCUCAAGGGGUACAUGAAGGUGAACAUGCUGGUGAUCGAGCUGAAGUCGGAGGCGCUGAAGGACCGGCACUGGAAGCAGCUGAUGAAGCGUCUGCAUGUGAACUGGGUUCUGUCCGAGCUGAGUCUGGGUCAGAUCUGGGACGUGGACCUGCAGAAGAACGAGAUGGUGGUGAAGGACGUGCUGCUGGUGGCGCAGGGAGAGAUGGCUCUCGAGGAGUUCCUCAAGCAGAUUCGUGAAGUUUGGAACUCGUACGAACUCGACCUUGUCAACUAUCAGAACAAGUGCCGCCUGAUUCGUGGAUGGGACGAUCUGUUCAACAAAGUCAAGGAGCACAUCAACAGCGUGUCUGCCAUGAAGCUCUCGCCCUACUACAAGGUGUUCGAGGAGGACGCUCUGAGCUGGGAGGACAAACUCAACCGCAUCAUGGCUCUGUUUGACGUCUGGAUCGACGUGCAGCGCCGCUGGGUUUACCUGGAAGGCAUUUUCACAGGAAGUGCAGACAUCAAACACCUGCUUCCUGUGGAGACGCAGCGCUUCCAGAGCAUCAGCACGGAGUUUCUGGCCCUGAUGAAGAAGGUGACCAAGUCUCCUCUGGUCAUGGACGUCCUGAACAUUCAGGGGGUUCAGAGGUCGCUGGAGAGACUCGCUGACCUGCUGGGAAAGAUCCAGAAAGCACUGGGAGAAUAUCUGGAGAGAGAGCGCUCGUCUUUCCCCAGGUUCUACUUUGUUGGUGAUGAAGAUCUGCUGGAGAUCAUCGGCAACAGUAAGAAUGUGGCCAAACUGCAGAAACACUUCAAGAAAAUGUUCGCUGGAGUUUCGAGCAUCCUGCUGAACGAGGACAACACUGAGGUGCUGGGCAUCUCGUCCCGAGAGGGAGAGGAGGUGCUCUAUAAGACGCCGGUGUCCAUCACGGAGCAUCCGAAGAUCAACGAGUGGCUGACGCUGGUGGAGCGUGAGAUGCGGGUGACGCUGGCUAAGCUGCUGGCUGAGUCCGUCACGGAGGUGGGCACCUUCAACAAGAGCACGGGCAUCGACCUGAGCACCUACAUCAACUGGAUCGACCGAUACCAGGCCCAGCUGGUGGUUCUGUCCACUCAGAUCGACUGGUCUGAGAAUGUGGAGAGCGCUCUGACCACCAUCGGCGGCGGGGAAGACAUGGGUCCGCUGCAGGCCGUGCUGGCCAACGUGAAGGCGACGCUCAACCUGCUGGCCGACACGGUUCUGAUGGAGCAGCCGCCGCUGCGCAGGAAGAAGCUGGAGCACCUGAUCACGGAGUUGGUGCACCAGAGAGACGUGACCAGAACUCUGAUCAAGAACAAGAUCGACAACCCUAAAUCCUUCGAGUGGCUCAGCCAGAUGCGCUUCUACUUCGACCCCAAGCAGACCGACGUCCUGCAGCAGCUCUCCAUUCAGAUGGCCAACGCUAAGUUCAACUACGGCUUCGAGUACCUGGGUGUGCAGGAGAAGCUGGUGCAGACGCCGCUGACCGACCGCUGCUACCUGACCAUGACGCAGGCGCUGGAGGCCCGUCUGGGAGGAUCGCCCUUCGGUCCUGCUGGAACGGGGAAGACCGAGUCUGUCAAAGCUCUGGGUCACCAGUUGGGCCGCUUCGUCCUGGUCUUCAACUGCGACGAGACCUUUGACUUCCAGGCGAUGGGCCGCAUCUUUGUGGGUCUGUGUCAGGUGGGAGCCUGGGGCUGCUUUGACGAGUUCAACCGUCUGGAGGAGCGCAUGCUGUCUGCCGUGUCUCAGCAGGUCCAGUACAUCCAGGUGGCGCUGAGAGAACACAGCAACCCCAACCGAGACCGCAGUGUGCCCGUCACCACAGAGCUGCUGAACAAACAGGUGAAGGUGAGUGCAGAGAUGGCCAUCUUCAUCACCAUGAACCCCGGUUACGCCGGACGCUCCAACCUGCCCGAUAACCUCAAGAAGCUCUUCAGGAGUCUGGCCAUGACCAAACCGGACCGGCAGCUGAUCGCUCAGGUCAUGCUGUACUCGCAGGGCUUCCGCACCGCUGAGAUCCUUGCCAAGAAGAUCGUCCCGUUCUUCAAGUUGUGUGACGAGCAGCUGUCGUCUCAGUCUCACUAUGACUUCGGUCUGCGAGCGCUCAAGAGCGUGCUGAUCAGCGCCGGGAACGUCAAGAGAGAACGCAUCCAGAAGAUCAAGAGAGAGAAGCGUGAGCGCGGCGAGGACGUGGAUGAGAACGAGAUCGCAGAGAACCUUCCGGAGCAGGAGAUUCUGAUCCAGAGCGUGUGUGAGACCAUGGUGCCGAAGCUGGUGGCCGAGGACAUCCCGCUGCUCUUCAGCCUGCUCUCUGACGUGUUCCCCGGCGUCCAGUACAUGCGCGGAGAGAUGACGGCGCUGCGAGAGGAGCUGAGGAAGGUCUGCGCUGAGAUGUACCUCACGUACGGAGACGGAGACGACGUGGGCAGCAUGUGGGUGGAGAAGGUGCUGCAGCUCUAUCAGAUCACGCAGAUCAAUCACGGGCUGAUGAUGGUCGGUCCGUCGGGCAGCGGGAAGACCAUGGCCUGGAGAGUCCUGCUCAAAGCCCUGGAGAGGCUGGAGGGUUUGGAGGGUGUCGCUCACAUCAUCGACCCCAAAGCCAUCAGCAAAGACCACCUGUACGGCACACUGGACCCCAACACUCGCGAGUGGACCGACGGGCUCUUCACACACGUGCUCAGAAAGAUCAUCGAUAACGUUCGCGGAGAGCUGCAGAAGCGGCAGUGGAUCAUCUUCGACGGUGACGUGGAUCCGGAGUGGGUGGAGAAUCUGAACUCUGUGCUGGACGACAACAAACUCCUGACUCUUCCCAACGGAGAGCGUCUCAGCCUGCCGCCCAACGUGCGCAUCAUGUUUGAGGUGCAGGACCUGAAGUACGCCACGCUGGCCACCGUGUCUCGCUGCGGGAUGGUCUGGUUCAGCGAGGACGUUCUCAGCACCGACAUGAUCUUCAACAACUUCCUGGCGCGUCUGCGGAGCAUCCCGCUGGAUGAGGGAGAGGAUGAGGCCCAGCGCAUGAGGAAGGCCACGGAGGACGAGGGCGAGGAGGCCGCUUCACCUAUGCUGCAGAUCCAGAGAGACGCUGCUGCAGUUCUCCAGCCGUAUUUCACCUCCACUGGUCUGGUGAUCAAAGCUCUGGAACACGCGUCAAAGAUGGAGCACAUCAUGGACUUCACGCGUCUGCGCUCGCUGAGUUCGCUCUUCUCCAUGCUGCAUCAGGCCUGCCGCAACGUGGCCCUCUACAACAACAACCACCAUGAUUUCCCCAUGCCCAUCGACCAGCUGGAGAAAUACAUGCAGAAAUACCUCAUCUACGCGGUGCUGUGGUCCUUCUCGGGUGACAGCAGGCUGAAGAUGCGAGCGGAGCUGGGAGAAUACAUUCGCCGCAUCACCACCGUGUCUCUCCCGUCCGCGCCGAACGUGCCGAUCAUCGACUACGAGGUGUCCAUCACGGGCGAGUGGCAGUCCUGGCAGGUGAAGGUGCCUCAGAUCGAGGUGGAGACGCACAAGGUGGCCUCGCCGGACGUGGUUGUGCCCACUCUGGACACGGUGCGUCACGAGGCUCUGCUCUACACCUGGCUGGCCGAACACAAGCCUCUGGUGCUCUGUGGGCCGCCGGGCUCCGGGAAAACCAUGACCCUGUUCAGUGCCCUGAGAGCCCUGCCGGACAUGGAGGUGGUGGGUUUGAACUUCUCCAGCGCUACGACUCCGGAGCUGCUGCUGAAGACCUUCGAUCAUUACUGCGAGUACCGCAGGACUCCUAACGGCGUGGUUCUGGCUCCGGUGCAGCUGGGUAAGUGGCUGGUGCUCUUCUGCGACGAGAUCAACCUGCCCGACAUGGACAAGUACGGCACGCAACGGGUCAUCUCCUUCAUCAGACAGAUGGUGGAGCACGGCGGCUUCUACCGCACCUCAGACCAGACCUGGGUGAAGCUGGAGCGGAUCCAGUUCGUCGGGGCCUGUAACCCUCCCACAGACCCCGGCAGGAAGCCGCUCUCAUACAGGUUUUUGCGUCACGUGCCGGUGGUGUAUGUGGACUAUCCCGGCCCCGCCUCGCUCACGCAGAUCUAUGGCACCUUCAACAGAGCCAUGCUCAGACUCAUCCCGUCGCUGCGGACCUUUGCUGAGCCGCUCACGGCAGCCAUGGUCGAGUUCUACACUAUGUCUCAGGAGCGGUUCACUCAGGACACGCAGCCGCACUAUAUCUACUCUCCGAGAGAGAUGACCCGCUGGGUCCGAGGCAUCUUUGAGGCGCUGCGGCCGCUGGAGACGCUGCCUGUGGAGGGUCUGAUUCGUAUCUGGGCUCACGAAGCACUGCGACUCUUCCAGGACCGAUUGGUGGAGGAUGAGGAGAGACGCUGGACCGAUGAGAACAUAAACAUGGUCGCCCUCAAACACUUUCCUAACAUCGACCGUGACAAAGCCCUUAACAGACCCAUCCUGUACAGCAACUGGCUCUCCAAGGACUACGUUCCCGUGGAGCAGGAGGAGCUGCGCGACUAUGUGAAGGCCAGACUGAAGGUGUUCUACGAGGAGGAGCUGGACGUUCCUCUGGUGCUCUUCAAUGAGGUUCUGGAUCACGUGCUGAGGAUCGACAGAAUCUUCCGUCAGCCGCAGGGUCACCUGCUCCUGAUCGGCGUCAGCGGUGCUGGAAAGACCACGCUCUCCCGCUUCGUGGCCUGGAUGAACGGACUGACUGUCUAUCAGAUCAAGGUCCACAGGAAAUACACCGGCGAGGACUUUGACGAAGACCUGCGGACAGUGCUCCGCCGCUCCGGCUGCAAGAACGAGAAGAUCGCCUUCAUCAUGGACGAGUCGAACGUGCUGGACUCAGGCUUCCUGGAGCGCAUGAACACGCUGCUGGCCAACGGAGAGGUGCCCGGCCUGUUCGAGGGCGACGAAUACGCCACCCUGAUGACGCAGUGCAAGGAAGGAGCGCAGAAGGAGGGCUUGAUGCUGGACACCCAUGAGGAGCUGUACAAAUGGUUCACCAGUCAGGUGAUCAGGAACCUGCACGUGGUGUUCACCAUGAACCCGUCGUCAGAGGGGCUGAAGGACAGAGCGGCCACCUCACCUGCCCUCUUCAACAGGUGUGUGCUCAACUGGUUUGGGGAUUGGUCCACUGAAGCGCUCUAUCAGGUGGGUAAAGAGUUCACCAGCAAGAUGGACCUGGAGAAGCCCAACUACAAAGUGCCGGACUACAUGCCCACCGUGUACGACAAGCUGCCGCAGCUGCCCACACACCGCGAGGCUAUCAUCAACGGCUGUGUGUUCGUGCAUCAGACGCUGCACCAGGCUAACAACCGUCUGGCGAAGCGCGGCGGCCGCACUAUGGCCAUCACCCCGCGACACUACCUGGACUUCAUCAACCACUACGCCAACCUGUUCAACGAGAAGCGCAGCGAGCUGGAGGAGCAGCAGAUGCAUCUGAACGUGGGUCUGCGCAAAAUCAAAGAGACCGUCGAUCAGGUGGAGGAGCUGCGGCGCGACCUGCGGAUCAAGAGUCAGGAGCUGGAGGUCAAGAACGCUGCUGCCAACGACAAGCUGAAGAAGAUGGUGAAAGACCAGCAGGAGGCCGAGAAGAAGAAGGUCAUGAGUCAGGAUAUACAGGAAGCGGUUUACAAGCAGCAGGAAGUGAUUAAAGUCAAGCAGCUGAGCGUGAAGCAGGAUUUGGACCAGGUGGAGCCGGCCGUCAUCGAGGCUCAGAACGCUGUUAAAUCGAUUAAGAAGCAGCACUUAGUGGAGGUGCGAUCGAUGGCCAACCCGCCGGCGGCAGUCAAGCUGGCUCUGGAGUCCAUCUGUCUGCUGCUGGGCGAGAGCACCACCGACUGGAAGCAGAUUCGCUCCAUCAUAAUGCGCGAGAACUUCAUCCCCACUAUUGUGAACUUUUCUGCUGAUGAGAUCAGGCUGGAAAAAUCACUGCUGCAGGCCCUGAAUGAGGUCAAGGGUCGCAUCCUGGAUGACGACACCAUCAUCACCACCCUGGAGAACCUGAAGAAGGAGGCGGCGGAGGUGACCAGGAAAGUGGAGGAAACGGACAUCAUCAUGCAAGAAGUGGAGACGGUGUCUCAGCAGUAUCUGUCUCUGUCCUCGGCCUGCAGCAGCAUCUACUUCACCAUGGAGGCUCUGAACCAGAUGCACUUCCUGUAUCAGUACUCGCUGCAGUUCUUCCUGGAUAUCUACCACACUGUAUUAUACGAGAACUCCAACCUGAAGAGCGUGAGCGACCACACACAGCGUCUGUCUCACAUCACCAAAGACCUGUUCCAGUUCCGCACGGACAUCGCCAGGACGGAGUAUCUGUCCAAUGCAGACGAGAGGCUGCGCUGGCAGGCCAACUCACUGCCCGCUGACGACCUGUGCACCGAGAACGCCAUCAUGCUGAAGCGCUUCAACCGGUAUCCGCUCAUCAUCGACCCAUCAGGUCAGGCCACGGAGUUCAUCAUGAACGAAUAUAAAGACAAAAAGAUCACCCGCACCAGCUUUUUGGACGAUGCCUUCAGGAAGAAUUUGGAGAGCGCUCUGAGAUUCGGCAACCCUCUGCUGGUGCAGGACGUGGAGAGCUACGACCCCAUACUGAACCCGGUGCUCAACCGAGAGGUGCGCAGGACCGGCGGCCGAGUGCUCAUCACGCUCGGGGAUCAGGACAUCGAUCUGUCUCCUUCCUUCGUCAUCUUCCUCUCUACACGAGACCCCACGGUGGAGUUCCCUCCUGACCUUUGCUCGCGUGUGACCUUCGUGAACUUCACCGUGACCCGCAGCAGCCUGCAGAGCCAGUGUCUCAACGAGGUCCUGAAGGCCGAGCGUCCGGACGUGGACGAGAAGCGAUCGGACCUGCUGAAGCUGCAGGGUGAGUUCCAGCUGCGUCUGCGUCAGCUGGAGAAAUCACUGCUGCAGGCCCUGAAUGAGGUCAAGGGUCGCAUCCUGGAUGACGACACCAUCAUCACCACCCUGGAGAACCUGAAGAAGGAGGCGGCGGAGGUGACCAGGAAAGUGGAGGAAACCGACAUCGUCAUGCAAGAAGUGGAGACGGUGUCUCAGCAGUAUCUGUCUCUGUCCUCGGCCUGCAGCAGCAUCUACUUCACCAUGGAGGCUCUGAACCAGAUGCACUUCCUGUAUCAGUACUCGCUGCAGUUCUUCCUGGAUAUCUACCACACUGUAUUAUACGAGAACUCCAACCUGAAGAGCGUGAGCGACCACACACAGCGUCUGUCUCACAUCACCAAAGACCUGUUCCAGGUGGCGUUUAACCGAGUCGCUCGAGGCAUGCUGCAUCAGGACCACGUCACGUUUGCCAUGCUGCUCUCACGAAUCAACCUGAAGGGCAUGACCAGCGAGCCGUCAUUCGACGCAGAGUUCCAGCACUUCUUGCGUGGGAAAGAGAUCGUGUUGAGGGGGACGACGGUGCCGAAAGUCAAGGGUUUGAGCAGCGAGCAGUCCGAAGCCAUGGUGCGCCUCAGCCGUCUGCCUGCGUUUAAAGACCUGGUGGCCAAAGUGCAGGCCGACGAGCAAUUCUUCAUGUGGAUCGAGAGCAACUCGCCGGAGCUGUCAGUGCCAUAUCUGUGGACCGAAGAGAAGACGUCCACUCUGAUCGGUCAGGCCGUCCACCAGCUGCUGCUGAUCCAGGCGUUCAGACCCGACCGUCUGCUGGCCAUGACACACAUCUUCGUGUCUAAAGUCAUGGGAGAAAACUUCAUGGCCAUCAUCGAACAGCCGCUGGACCUGGCUAACAUCGUGGACAGUGAGGUGAAGCCGGGGACGCCGGUGCUGAUGUGCUCCGUGCCCGGAUACGAUGCCAGCGGAUUGGUGCGGGAUCUCGCAGCUGAGCAGAACAAACACAUCACCUCCAUUUCCAUCGGUUCUGCCGAAGGCUUCAAUAAAGCCGACAGAGACAUCAACACAGCGGUGAAGUCCGGCAGGUGGGUGAUGCUGGAGAACGUUCAUCUGGCUCCCGGUUGGCUGAUGCAGCUGGAGAAGAAGCUUCACUCCAUGCAGCCGCAUGCCUGCUUCCGGCUCUUCCUCACCAUGGAGAUCAACCCCAAGGUCCCUGUGAACCUGCUGCGGGCCGGACGUAUCUUUGUGUUCGAGCCUCCUCCCGGGAUGAAGGCUAAUAUGCUGCGCACGUUCAGCAGUAUUCCUGUGGCGCGCAUGUGUAAGUCUCCAAACGAAAGAGCUCGCUUGUACUUCCUCCUGGCCUGGUUCCACGCCGUCAUCCAGGAGCGCCUGCGUUACGCCCCGCUGGGCUGGUCUAAGAAGUACGAGUUCGGAGAGUCGGAUCUGCGCUCGGCCUGCGACACGGUGGACACCUGGCUGGACGAUACAGCGAAGGGCCGGCAGAACAUCUCUCCGGAUAAGAUCCCGUGGGCGGCGCUGAGGACGCUGAUGGCCCAGUCCAUCUACGGAGGACGCAUCGACAACGAGUUCGACCAGCGGCUGCUCAACACCUUCCUGGAGCGUCUCUUCACCACCAGCAGCUUCGACAGCGAGUUCAAGCUGGCGCUCAAAGUGGACGGACACAAGGACAUCAAGAUGCCCGACGGGAUCCGGCGUGAGGAGUUCAUUCACUGGGUGGAGUUGCUGCCGGACACUCAGACUCCAUCAUGGCUGGGUCUGCCGAGUAACGCGGAGAAGGUCCUGCUCACUACUCAGGGCAUUGACAUGAUGGGGAAGCUGCUGAAAAUGCAGAUGUUGGAGGAUGAGGACGAUCUGGCGUACGAGACGGAGAAGAAGCAGCGCAGCACGUCCUCGUCUGACGCGCAGCCGGCCUGGAUGAGGACGCUUCACACCACGGCUCGUAACUGGCUGCAGCUGAUCCCGGAGUCUGUGAGCCCGCUCAAACGCACCGUGGAGAACAUCAAGGAUCCUCUGUUCCGGUUCUUCGAGCGCGAGGUGAAGAUGGGCUCGCGGAUGCUGCAGGACGUGCGUCAGGAUCUCACCGAUGUGGUGCAUGUGUGCGAGGGCAAGAAGAAGCAGACCAACGACCUGCGCACGCUCAUCAACGACCUGGUCAAAGGCAUCCUGCCCCGCAGCUGGAGCCGCUACACCGUCCCCGCAGCCAUGACCGUCAUCCAGUGGGUGGCAGACUUCAGCGAGCGGAUCAAGCAGCUGCAGCAGAUCUCACAGGGAGCGGCCAGCGGCGGCGCUAAAGAGCUCAAGAACAUCCAUGUGAACCUGGGCGGUCUGUUCGUGCCGGAGGCCUACAUCACAGCCACGCGUCAGUACGUGGCUCAGGUCAACAGCUGGUCUCUGGAGGAGCUGUGUCUGGAGGUGAACGUGACGUCUGCGCAGGGAGCGGCGCUGGACGCCUGCAGCUUCGGCAUCAGAGGUCUGAAGCUGCAGGGGGCCACCUGCGCCAACAACAAGCUCUCUCUGUCCACCAGCAUCUCCACUGAACUGCCGCUGACGCAGCUGCACUGGAUGAAGCAGAGCAACACCGAGAAGAGGAGCAUGGUCACGCUGCCCGUGUAUCUGAACUUCACACGCUCCGACCUCAUCUUCACCGUCGACUUCGACAUCGCCACCAAAGAAGACCCGCAUCACUUCUACGAGCGCGGAGUCGCCAUCCUCUGCACCGACUAGAUGCCGCUUAUCUUUACUAAUCAUUCCUGUUAGUGUAGUGAACAGAAGCGUAUGUAGGUGAAUCACAGCUUUGCAUGUCGUGUUUAACUGGAGAGAGUUUAGAGAGUCAGACGCACGUUGGAUUGUGUUGGGGUUUCGGAGGCAGAUGUUUUAGAACAGAUGGGAUUGUGUUUUAGAUGGGAAAAUGGAAGUUGAUUGAAGUUUUGCAUGAUUGGUGGAUUCCAAUAAAGCUCAUUUAGAAUGUA